GAAGAAGUGGGCUGCCGGGUGAACUUGGCGCGGGGAGUGUGUCCAGGCCCAAUCCAUCAUGUCGAAGGUUUCGUUUAAAAUCACGCUGACGUCGGACCCGCGGCUGCCUUACAAAGUACUCAGUGUUCCUGAAAGUACACCUUUCACAGCAGUGUUAAAGUUUGCAGCAGAAGAAUUUAAAGUUCCUGCAGCCACAAGUGCAAUUAUUACCAAUGAUGGAAUAGGAAUAAAUCCUGCACAGACAGCUGGAAAUGUUUUUCUAAAACAUGGUUCAGAACUUCGAAUUAUUCCUAGGGAUCGUAUUCGAAGUUGUUAAUAUCUGCUACUUGGAACGUAUAUUUGCCUUUCAGAAUAAAUACUAGUAUAUUUUGUUGUUGUGAAAUUGAAAUCAAGCAUUGGGUAUAGUCUGAAAACACUCAAGAAUCAAAAAGCAAAGAAAGGCGACGCUGUUCUUUCUUGUUGCCAGUGCUCUUCCUGUCAAGAGGAGUGCUUGUGGAUGGAGGCUACCACCACCCCAGAAGGUCAUAAGGUCAUUUGAUUACUACCCUACAACACAAGUAGGGAGUUCAUUUGGGGCAAAUGGAUUGUCCAAAAUUGUGCUUCACCUGGAGGAUGAGUGGUGAUUGAUUCUGAGAACAUUUGGAUUAAAAUUAAUUAAAACUUAAUGACCCCUAAUAUAUUUAUUUGUCCUUGAUUUUAAAAAGUAAAAUAAUUUGAAUGCUGGUGAUUGUUUGCUACCAUCUGUUUUUCACACAUAGUUUAAU